CGAAACUACGAAUAAUCAACAACCACCCCGAAACUACCCACCUUAUGUGCAUGAAUCUGGACUCCUAGCCUCCUUAUUUAAACCCAACCACACUCCCUCCUACUCCUCACUCGCAUUCCCUCCGACACAGAGACUAAAAUGCCUUCUUCUUCUACCACUGUCAUCUCCAAAUGCACAAUUCAUCCAAACCAAAAAUCCACAAUCAAGACAUUGAAACUCUCUGUCUCUGACCUUCCUAUGCUCUCAUGCCAAUACAUCCAGAAGGGUGUUCUUCUUAAUUACCCUCCUUACUCCUUUGAGGAUCUCAUUUCGUUCCUCAAGACCUCUCUCUCUGUAUGCCUCUCUCAUUUCCCGGCUCUCGCCGGCCGUCUCAUCACGGACCAAGACGGCCAUGUUCACAUCUUGUGUAAUGACGCUGGAGUCGAAUUUCUUGAAGCCAAGGCCAGACAUUUGGAUACGAACACAAUUUUGUCACCAAUUGAUGUCCCUGGCUGCUUUAAGGAGUUCUUCACUUUCGACAGGACGCUUAGCUAUUCCGGCCACUCCAAGCAUUUGGUGGCAGUACAAGUGACGGAAUUAGCUGAUGGGGUUUUCAUCGGUUGCACUGUAAAUCACGCGGUCACUGAUGGAACUUCGCUUUGGCAUUUCUUCAACACGUUCGCAGAAAUCUGUAAGGGAGUGAAGAAAAUUUCGAAUACACCAGAAUUUAAUCGCAACACAGUGUUUAACUCGCCAGCGGUGCUGGAAUUCCCCACCGGUGGACCAAAGGCGACAUUCUCAGGCCAUGAGCCAUUGCGCGAAAGGAUUUUUCAUUUUAGUAGAGAAGCGAUCUUGAAGCUCAAAUACAGAGCCAAUAACGGUACUCUGUUACAGCAUGCAGAGAUAUUAGGGAAGAAAAAAAAUGACAGUUUGAAAGUCCUUAACGGAGAAAGAAACGCCAACAAAACUCCUGUUUUGGAAACUUUCCUAAAGAAAAACACUCGUACCGAGGAGAUUUCUUCUUUUCAGUCUCUGUGCGCCCAAUUAUGGCGCUCCGUGACACGUGCGAGAAAGCUCGCGCCAUCCAAAACGACCACGUUCCGAAUGGCUGUAAACUGUCGACGUCGGCUGGAGCCGCAACUCCACACUUACUACUUCGGCAAUGCAAUACAGAGUAUCCCCACCCUCGCUUCGACGGGAGAGCUUUUGUCUCGCAAUUUGUAUUGGGGAGCCGAUCUACUCCAUAAAAAUGUGGUGGCGCACGACGACGUGACUGUGCGACGCGGCAUAAAGGACUGGGAGAGAGAGCCGAGACUAUUCCCGCUGGGGAACUUCGACGGUGCAUCGAUCACGAUGGGAAGCUCGCCAAGAUUUCCGAUGUACGAUAAUGAUUUUGGGUGGGGCCGGCCUCUUGCGGUGAGAAGUGGCAGGGCCAACAAGUUUGACGGUAAGAUCUCAGCCUUCCCUGGGAGAGAAGGAAACGGAGCUGUCGAUCUUGAAGUUGUUUUAGCACCUUCUACGAUGGCUGGGCUGGAGAGUGAUCCAGAGUUCAUGCAGUAUGUAUCAACAAACCUGUGAUUGGGCAUACCAUGUAAAUGUGAAUUAGGAUCUGUAAAUCGAUCUGAGGCUUUCAUUCUAUAUUUGGGCUUGAGGCCAUACAAAUAAUAUAGUUGGGCUUGUCAUUCAAGAACUUUUAUUAAUUGAUACAAAAAGGGGAAAGGUGGAUCCAAUCUAGGCCCAUCCCAUUAUAUUCA